GAAAGAUCCAGAGGAACUCUUGUGGAUCAGGAGAACCAUGGAGAUCCAGAGGAUAACACUGAUCAUGAGUCUGUGGCUCCUAAGUGGCCUGAAUCUGCAACAUGGAUCUGCUUUCAACCUGGAUAAUAUCAACAUUCUGAGGAAAAAUGGAGAAGCUGGGAGCCUGUUUGGAUAUUCCCUUGCAAUGCACCACCAACUCAAACCUACUGAUCAGCAACUCUUGCUGAUUGGUGCUCCACAUGCGAAAGCCUUACCCAGUCAGAAAGCCAACAUCACUGGAGGUCUCUAUCGCUGUAAGUUCACAACACAGAGUGAUGACUGUGAACGGAUCCCAGUGGACGCUGACGAUUCAAAGCCAGAACAGGGACUGGACCACCGGGAAAACCAGUGGAUGGGUGUGCAUGUGAAAAGCCAAGGCCCAGGAGGAAAAGUGGUGGUUUGUGCUCACCGCUACCAGCAGUGGAUAGAAGACAGUCAGCUGGUUCUGGGCAGGUGCUUCAUCUUGGAACAGAACUUGAUUGUUGAAGAUAUGAGGACAUUCUGCCUCAAUCGGCACAAAGCUAAAGACAUGUUCGGUUACUGCCAGCAGGGCGUCUCUGCAGCUUUCACCAAGGAUAAGGACUAUAUCGUGUUCUCGGGGCCAGGAGCCUAUGACUGGAAAGGUACUGUCCGCAUGGAGCCGAUUGAAAACUUUUUUCUGGAUUCCUAUGAAACCAGAGACCAGAAUAUGUUUAAUGAAAGGCACAUUCCUCUGAGCAUCAGCAGCUAUUUAGGCUUUGCUCUGGACUCAGGAAUGAAUCUGUUAAAGAAAGGAGAGCAGGUUAUCGUGGCGGGAGCACCACGUGGCAAUCUCAGCGGUGAGGUUCUGAUCUUAAAACCUGAAACUGUGAAGUCUGAGAGCAGUCUGAGGGUAGCUCACACUCUCCAAGGCCCGGGUCUGGCGUCCUCUUUUGGCUACUCACUGGCUAUAAUGGACCUUAAUGCAGACGGAUGGGAUGAUCUUGUAGUCGGUGCUCCUCAGUACAGCUCGACGGAUAUGGAGGCAGGAAUUGGAGGUGCUGUUUACGUCUACAUAAACCGUCGAGACGGCCAAGACUGGGACAGAUUACAACCAGACAUUCUUACCGGCAAUAAAGAGUCCAUGUUUGGACUAGUAGUAGCAAACAUUGGGGACAUCAAUCACGAUGGAUACAAUGAUUUUGCAGUUGGAGCACCUUAUGAUAAUGAUGGUGAUGGUGCAGUGUACAUUUACCUUGGCAAAACUGGACACUUUUCACAAAAAGAGAACCAAGUUUUACAGGGUAAACCCCAUAGAAUCAAGCUGUUUGGCUAUUCCCUGGCUGGAAACAUGGAUAUAGAUGGGAACAGCUAUCCAGACUUAGCCGUGGGCUCACUUUCUGACAGUGUACUGGUCUACAGAGCUAAACCAAUCAUUAGCAUGGAGAAAACCUUGACGUUAACACCUCGUGAAAUUAACUUCCAGGAAGGAGACUGCCAGAAAGGUCACUGUGUUAUAACAGCUGAAUCCUGCUUCUCCUACACGACCUACCCAGAGACGUAUAACCCCAGACUGGAGAUCCUGUACAAGCUGAAUGCUGAUGAACAGUGGGUUCAGGAUGGUCAUCGGUCCCGCCUAGUUUUCCAGAACAAUCCUCAAGGAAACAUUGUGCUCCAGACACAAGGUCAAAAACAAUGUGUACAAAGCCGCCUCCGGCUCCGGGCCAACACCAAGGACAAGCUUACAGAAAUCCCUGUCAGUGUGUCAGUGUCUCUGCCGCAGGACAGUCCUCCUCAGACACUGAGCCAAAGCUCUCUACCUGCUCUCCAGCCAGUGCUCAAUGAUCUCCAGCCUCAGGAAAGCACAGCCAAAUUCACGUUUUUGAACCCUGGCUGUGGAAGUGAUAAUAUCUGUCAGAGUAACCUGCAGCUCAGGUACAACUUCUGCACCAAAGACCGACAUCAGGACUCAUGUUCACCACUAGCCAGGGAGAAUGGCAUGGCUGUAAUCUCACCCGGUGCUGGGAACACAGCUCUGGAGAUCACAAUCACGAAUCAUGGAGGAGAUGAUGCUCAUCUCGCUCAACUGGUUGCAACCUUCCCAGAAUCUCUACCUUUAUCAUCGGUCAUCCUCAAACAAGAUAGUAAAGUGCAGUGUGACGUGGAUGGGCAUAAAACGAGAGUGGAAUGUGAUUUAGGAAAUCCUGUCAAAAGAAAUGCAGAGGAAACAUUUUAUCUCUUGCUAAACACUGAUCGUCUGACCCCGAGCAUAACGGAUGUCAACGUGACACUGAACCUCCAGACGAUCAGCGUGCAAAAUAUUUCAGAGAUCGUUGCAGAGGCUCGAGUUUUCUUUGAGCUCUAUUUGAAAGUGUUUGGACUGGCCAAACCUUCUCAAGUGUACUAUCGAGAAGUGGAGGAGAACAAAUCCCAUGAGAUCGGAGAACCUGUGCAGUACGAGUUUACAAUCAGUAACAUGGGUCGACCUCUGAAGUCCUUCGCCUCGGUCACCCUCAACAUCCAGUGGCCAAAGGAGAAUAAAGAAGGCAAGUGGCUCCUGUACCUGCUGCAGAUCACUGGACCGAACAACCAGAUCAUCGCAUGCAGUCCAGCCUCAGAAAUCAACUCUCUGAAACACACUCAGGAGGUGGUGUUCAGACGAAAACGGAAAGCAGAAGAUGAAGCGAAGAUCUCAGCUCUGAGCACUGAUGGACUCCUGUCCUUAUUUGGAAGCAAGAGACAUUACAAAUACCUGAAAUGUGGUGAUGAAUUAAAGUGUGUGGAGCUCAGAUGCCCCCUAAAGGCAGCAGACAGAACUGCAGUUACUCUGCACUCACGACUUUGGAGCAAAACUUUUGUUGAGGAAUACAGCUCCCUGAAUUAUCUGGACAUUGGAUUAAACGCUUCUCUCAGUCUCGAUGGAUCUCAGAAGAACAUCAGGCUUCAGGAGUCUCAAACACAGGUGAGACUAACAGUGUUCCCAGAGAAGAAGCUGACUUUUCUCAGUCGAGUCCCCUGGUGGGUGAUAUUGCUCAGUGUGGUGCUCGCACUGUUACUACUCAGCCUCCUGAUCUACUUCCUGUCCAAGCUGGGAUGCUUUGACUGUGCGAUGUGUUGUGAAGAAAAAGGAUAUCACGCCAUUCCUAAAACUCAUGCUGCGGAAUAGACGUCUGUGCGGGAAAACGGACAGAGAAGACUUUCGUGGUUCUGUGGAAUGUAAACAUGUAAUAUGAAAAUGAGUCAAAUGUUUUGUAGCCUACUACUUUAUUCAGUAUAGAUGGUGGUGUUGGUGUGUGUGUGUGUGUGCAUUCUCCUGAUUUACGAAUGCUGUAUAAUGUUGUUAAUAGUAGAAUGUUGCUGUAUCUGCUGUAACGUAAGUGUGGUGAGGGAAUGAAUGUAUUUUGUGCUCUAUGGAGCUAAAGGAGGAGAUGAAGCCAGCAAGUACAUCUUUAGAGCAGGAGUGAAGAUGAGGAUGGUGCCUAAUAUAGACACAAUGAGGAAGACCCAGAGGAAGAUUCUGUCCAACACCUGAGCCACAAACUUCCAGUCCUGCACAACCUGGAGGAACAAAAGAGCAUCAUGAUUAAUAUCCAUCAUCAUCAUCAUCAU